UCUGUAACAGACAAACAAAAGCUAUCGUUUCUUACAAUCAAACGUGCAACGAAAAUCCUGCGAUUUAGGAGACGGAUUGUGAAAUUUCUUCGAAAUAUUCGCGACGUAGAGACGUGCUAUAAUACAUUAACUGUUAAUGAUGGCACGAUUCAAUUUUCUUAUGACCAGACACAUGAGACUCGAAAUAUUUCCCGUUGGUUCAGGUUGAGGGCUACUUUAUUCAUACAGAAUAAACAGCCCUUGCUUGCUUGUCGGCGCGUGAUCCGAACGUUCUACGUCGGUGUUCUUUUUCUACCGUUUUUGAAUCGCCGCUAGCGUGUUAAUUAAACAAACAAACUGUGGCCGAGAUAGUGUUAAUCGGAUACGGCACAAGAAAAUCUGGAAAGGACGUGCGAGUCGAUGAGAAGAAGGAGGCGGCGGAGGAGAAAGAGGCAGGAAUUUAGGAUCAUCGAAAGAUAUGGAGAAUAACGACGAAGCGCGCACUGUGGCUGAUCGUGCGUCGACGUCAAAGGAGGAACCCUUGGAAGCCACUGCUGAUGAUGAUUACGGCUGCGAGCACUAUAAACGAAAAUCCAAAUUUGUUACACCAUGUUGCAACAAGGUAUAUACAUGUCGAUUCUGCCACGACAAAGAAGAGACUCAUACAGUAAACAGAAAAGAAGUCACAGAACUGAUAUGCGUGUUAUGUGAUACUCGUCAGCCAGUACAAGCCACUUGCCAAAAUUGUCAUUGUCGAUUCGGUAAAUAUACAUGCCUCGAGUGUAAUUUAUUUGAUGAUGAGGACAAAAAUCAGUAUCAUUGUGAUGGCUGCGGAAUAUGUAGAGUCGGCGGUCGUGACCGAUUUUUCCACUGUGCCAAGUGCAACAUGUGUUUACCAGUUCAAUUACAAAACGGACACACGUGUGUAGAAAAUGUUUCUCAUGCAAAUUGUCCAGUUUGUCUUGAGGAUAUUCACACAAGUCGUAUACCUUGUCACAUUCCAAACUGUGGUCAUUUGCUUCAUCGCACAUGCUUUGAGGAAUUGUUACAUUCAGGACAUUAUGCGUGUCCAACUUGCCAAGUAUCCCUUCUAGAUAUGACUGAUUUAUGGAGAUUUUUGGAUAUGGAAGUAUCAUCAACACCAAUGCCAGAAGAAUAUAGGGAUUAUAAGGUUGAUAUUCUGUGCAAAGACUGUCAUGAGGAGUCAACAGUAAAAUUCCAUAUUGUAGGUUUGAAAUGUUUGAAUUGUGGAAGUUAUAACACUUGCAGAGUUAAAGGAUCUCCUUCUCCAGGUUGAUAUUAAUUACAGAUCCAGAUACAUUGGACUAAAUAAUUAGUAUCAAUAUUAUGGAUAAUGAAGAAAAAUUAUGCAGAACAUAAAAUUCUGAGUAUUACAACGGGAAAAUUAUGCAAUUCCCGCGAGAAAGUGUUGCUUUUAAGCGAUUGAGAAAGAAAAAGACAUUAGAAAAUGGCCUCUUUGGCAUUAUACCUCUUUAUUUGUUUUUAGUGAAUUUAUACAUCUUUGUUGAUUGUUUUCAGACUUUUUAUAGAUGUUAUUUUAUUAGGAGGCUGAAUAUAGUGACUGAAAAUGAUCAGCGCUUAUAUUUUUAACCAUGAGACAUCGAAAAUUAUUCAAUAAUCACGAUUUAAAUCGUGAAUUCAUUUUAAUUCAAGUUAUUAAGAAUAGUAGAUUCAUUUUACGAAAAUAUAUUAAUUAUUACACAUAAUGAUAGUAAUUCUAAAUGAAACAGUAUGUAAUAUAUUCUUGGCGAUUCUCAUUUUGUUAUCGUUUGGUGACGCAGUAUGCAUGGUAUCACCCAUUUCUUAAAAUUCUUCUCGCGCUGUUAUUAAAUAGAAUUUUGAACAUUUCAUGAUGCGUGACUUUCUUUUGAUGCAAUCUUUUCGUAAAUGCUAUUUGAUCAACAUAUACCGGUAGUGCUAGUCAAAAAAUUUCCCUCUUUUAGCUAUUAUUAUAAUCAACAGCUAAGAGUUCCUUUAUGAUAUACAUAGUUCCCCGAUGUUAUAUUAUACAGUUACAUGUAGAGAUAGAAAUCAAUGAGAUUAUUACUAAUAAGAUGCAUUUUAUUUCUUAAUUAAUUAUUGUACGCGCAAUUUUCGAAAAGAUCGCCAUCUAGUCAAAGAUCACUUGAAUCACUUCUUAAUACAAAUGUUCUAUAUAUAGAAAAAAAAUGCGCGGAGGAAUCUCAGAUAGUUGGGUGACGUAAGCUGAUAUCUAAUACAAUAAUUUUGUGAAAAUAUACGAAAUAAAUUUAUAUCGUAAACCUUCGAAAUAAAUCGUGAGAUUUCAAGCUUCGACAUUCAUCUAUCGAAUUUUAUCGGGCAUUACCAUCAUGUUAUUGUAAAUUAAAACGACCAUAAUUAUAAAUUUGUGCGUAUAAUUAGGCAUCUUUUAGUGCACGCGUUUAAAUAUAUAUUUUUACAUAAAAAAAAA